AUGCCCCAGCGCAGGCACCGCACAAGCCGCAGAAGCAGCCACGACAGCGUCUGGAGCCGCUUCGUCAUCGGCACGGGCGGGCUCGGGGCGGAGGAGCUUCAUAACCUGGAGCUAGAGCAGAGCUGGGACAGAGACCUCCUCCUCCUGCCAGAGCUGCGGGACUCCUACGAGAACCUGACGGCAAAAGUCCUGGCCAUGUACGUCUGGCUGGAUCUGCACCUGGACUUCCAGUUUGCCCUGAAGGCUGACGACGAUACCUUCGUACGCUUGGAUGUGCUCGUGGAAGAGCUGAGAGCCAAGGAGCCGCAUCGUCUCUACUGGGGCUUCUUUUCCGGCCGCGGUCGAGUGAAAUCUGGCGGCAAAUGGAAAGAGAGCGCCUGGGUGCUCUGUGACUACUAUCUGCCGUAUGCCCUGGGUGGUGGCUAUGUGAUUUCUGCAGAUCUGGUGCACUAUUUGCGUCUGAGCAGAGACUACCUGAACAUGUGGCAGAGUGAAGAUGUCUCCCUGGGGGUGUGGCUGGCUCCCAUUGAUGUGAAGAGAGUGCACGACCCUCGCUUUGACACUGAGUAUAAGUCACGAGGUUGCAACAAUAAGUACGUAGUAACUCAUAAGCAAAGCAUCGAGGACAUGCUGGAAAAGCACCAGACCCUGGCUAAAGAGGGAAAGCUCUGUAAGGAGGAGGUUAAGCUCAGGCUUUCCUACAUGUAUGACUGGGGAGUGCCUCCUUCACAGUGUUGCCAGAGAAAGGAUGGCAUCCCGUGA